GGCGCUGCUACAGUGGACACAUGGGCAGGCAAGUGGGUCGGUAAGAUUUUUUUGAGAGCCUCUCGGAGACGCUUGAAAGAACAUUGAGAUGAACGCAACUGAGAAGUUUUACCUUCCCGUUGACGGCAUCCUCAAAAUGUUCAACUCUCUCCCCGCGCACCAGCAGUCCCACAUCACGCACACAGCUCACCAGAGCGCUGCCCUCAGCCCGGUCCUCCAGCACCCCAAGGUCUCAGACAUCACGAAGACAGGCAUGGGCAUCAUCAAAACCGUCAAAGGCUGCUGGAGGCAACAGGAUGCCAGGGUGGGAGCCAGCAGGUCCUCGAGUUCUGGCAACCGGCAAGUAUCGAUCGAGCGAGUCCCCAAACGCUCCGUGGACCGGCUGGAGUUGGGUUUGACCAAACCCAGGAACUGUCACAGGAUAGUUGUACUGGGGGCGCCCAAAGUAGGUAAAACCAACAUCCUCCAGAGGUUCUUAGGGAACGAAUUUGAAGAGCACUAUGAACACACAAUCGAGGAUUUCCAUAGAAAGCUGUUCCACAUAAGAGGAGAGACUUAUCAGGUGGAUCUGCUGGACGCAGCGGGUGAGAGGGACUUCCCUGCAAAACGGAGGUUAUCCAUACUGACAGGAGACAUCUUCCUGCUCGUCUUCAGUCUGGAUGACAGAGAGUCUCUGAAUGAAGCCUGCGAGCUGCUCAACGAGAUCCAAGCUGCAAAGGCAAAGUUACUGAAAUCAAAGCGUCCAGCCAGAGUACCAGCCGUGAUGUGCGGCAAUAAAGCGGACCUGGACGCACAGAGAGUGGUGAGACGCGCCGAAGUGGGGACGAUCCUCGGAGAGGACGUCCCGUAUUUCGAAACUUCAGCUAAGAACGGCACGGGGCUGGAGAGCGUGUUCAGAGCUCUCGCCUCUCUCGGAGGACUGCCGGACGAGACCAGUCCGUCGCGACACCAGCUCAUCUCCAUCCCCACCUACCAGUCGCUGUGCGUCGGCCGGAGAGGCAGGAGAGGGAUCCGCACGCCGGGGCUCGGUGCGCCAUGCGCCGCCGUGGACCCCCUGGCGCGCCGACCGAGUUUCACCAGCGACCUGCGGCUGGUGCUUGGAUCAAGCACCAAAAACAACAAACCCGAGAAGUGUCAGAUUCAAUGA